AUGGAGGAAUAGGAUUAGGAAAGCGCAAAUAGCAUAAGUCUAGAAUAGAAUAUUAAAGAACAUUUUAUUCUAGCUUUAACUAAUUUUAUUUAUUUGAAGCUUUAAAAUCUAAUUAGCAUUAGAUUGCAUAAAGUUGAAAAAGAUAACAUGCUUUUAAUUGCAUCAAAUGUGUCAAACGAAAAUUUUGAAAUAAGGGUAAAACUCAAUAGUGAUAUUGAUGAGCUAUUAAGAGGGCUUUUUUUGGAUUAUCAGAAGAAUAACAAAAGGGUUAAUGAACCUAAGCUGCUCUGUGUAGAAGAAUCUUGCAAUAUUAAUGAAAAAUAAGACUAACUAUCGCAAAUUAACAAAAACGUUUUUAGUGACGCAUUUUUUAACUAAAAAAUUGAAUCUUAUGAAGUAGUAGUUAGCUAAAUGCAAGAAAAGUUAAAUGAUUCAGCAGAAGAUUUACUGGAGUUUGAAAGAAUAUAUCAUUUUUAAGAUAUUUAGGAUAACUAUUAAGAUAUUAAAAUUUUAGAAGUAGAAAAUGGUAUGAAAUGCAUGGAUAUAAAAUAGGCAAACGAAAUAGGAAUGUAAAUAUCGAAAUGCUAAUAGCUUUAAGCACUAACUCUGUAUCUUUUUCGUAAUUAGAUAUCAAUUGACGAUAUUCAAGCCUUAGGAUCUAAUCUAAUAAAAUGUUAGUAAAUUACAAGACUGAGCUUAGACUUAAGAUGGAAUUUGUUAAGCUCUGAAGGUUCCUAAUCCUUAGGAAUGUAGAUUGGUUCAUUUCAAUAAUUAAAAGAUUUAAAUCUUUUGUUAUAAUUGAAUUCAAUAGAUUCUUAAGGAAUAAAAGACCUUGUUGAAAAUAUUUCUAAAUGCAAUUUUUUACAAAAUCUGAAAAUUGACUUAGAUGAAAACUUAAUUGGUGAGAAAGGCUGCUUUUUUCUUGGAUAAGGGCUUUCAAAAUGCUUGAAUUUGAAAAAACUAGCCUUAAACUUGAGACAAUGUUGCAUUAAUUCUUAAGGUGCUUCAAAGCUUGUUAAAGAACUUUCUAAAUGUUGCAGUCUGGCUAAUCUUACUCUGGACUUUAAUUUAAAUUAGAUAAGCUCAGAGGGCGCCAUUUUGAUUGGAAAUUAUUUAAGUGAAUGCUAAAAACUAUAAUUUUUCAAGAUUUAUUUAUAUGGAAAUUUAAUAGGCUCUCAAGGAGCUCUUGGUCUAGAAUAGGGACUAUCUAAGUGCUAAAACAUUGAAGAGAUAUCUAUGUUUUUAGAGCGUUGUGGAAUUGAUGGUGAAGGCUUUUAGAAAAUAGGAUCGGGAUUAUCAAAAUGCUCUAAAUUAAAAUAAUUAACCCUUCAUUUAUACGGAAAUAGCAUUAAUUCUGAGAGUGCCUCAGUAUUUAUGAAUGAAAUUUCUAAGUGUUCUAAUCUUACAAAUAUAGACGUUAAAUUGGAGUAGAAUUAAAUCAGUUCUCUAGGAGCUCAAGGUUUGGCAAAAGGCAUUUCCAAACUAAACAAAUUAGAUUGUCUGUCUCUUAAUUUAAGUUUUUCAUAAAUAAACUCUGAAGGGGCAACCUAAAUUGGUAAUGGUAUUGGAAAAUGUCUAAGCUUAAAGCAUCUUUAACUUGAAUUAGACAAUAACAUAAUCUAAUAAGAAGGAGCUGCUGGCUUAGGAUAAGGGUUGUCAUCAUGCAUUAAUAUGCAAAAAUUAAUUUUAAAUUUAAGAUAUAACAUGCUUUGCUCUGAAGGUAUUUAAGGCUUGAUUUCAGGAUUAUAAAAAUGUUAUCAAAUUAAGGAUUUAACUUUAAGUUUAUAAUCAAAUCGUAUAAACUCUCAGGGAGCUAAAUAUCUAGGACAAGCAAUAUAAACGUUUCUAAAUUUGUAAAACCUUCAAAUUUAUUUAAGUUAAAACUUAAUUUAGAAAGAUGGAGCUAUUGAGUUAGUCAAAGGAAUAUCUAAAUGCCAUCGCCUUAAAUAUUUAUCUUUAGAAUUAGAAAACAACAAAAUCAAAUAGGAUGAAAUGAUUCUAGUUGUACCUAAACUAAAAAAGUCAAAAAGACUUACACUGAUUGAAAUUGAUAUCUGA